AUGGUCGCAGUCGCUUCUUCUUCUUCUUCUUCUCUGCCAAAGCCCCCAUCCGCCCUCCUCCUCUCCCCGCCCCCGUCCUGCGCCUGCUCCUCUCCUCCACACCCUCGAUCGCUCUCUGUCGUCUGGCUAUUACCAAUGGACGCCCUACGCAAAGCCGAAGCAGACGGCAUUAUCGACCUCACUAUCUUUGAGCAGAUUCUAGAGAUGGACGAUGACGAGGAUCACGAGUUCAGCAUAGAAAUCAUCAAUUCCUUCUACGACCAGGCCGAGACCACUUUUGGCGAUAUGGAUAAGGCAAUAGAAAAGAAAGACAUCGCAGAACUAUCCCAGCUCGGCCACUUCCUCAAAGGCUCUUCCGCUGCCGUCGGCGUCGUCCGCGUCAAAGACAUCUGCGAGAAAAUCCAGAACCUCGGCCACCAGCUCGACGAGUCGGGCAAGAAGCCAAUCGAAGUCGACACCGCUCUCGAAGCCAUCACAAAACUCCUGCCCGAGGUCAAAGAAGAGUAUCAAAAGUGCAAGAUUGUUCUCAAAGAGUUCUACAGCCAAUACGUCUGA